AUAAUUGCCCAGCUGUUUUGCGCCGGCAUUUCAGCGCCUUUUUGUUGCGCAUUGCGUAUUUUCGCGUUGUGUUGUCGUGUUAUUAUCAAAUUAUAUUUUACGAAAAACUCUUGUUUUCACGUGUGCGCACAAGAUGUCGCUGCAAGAAGCACUCGAUGAUUGUCUAAUUGACUUUGAUAGACGAGUGCUGGUCACUGAUUUGCUGGAAAAGUACAAAUUAACGUAUAAAGAAGCUCACGAAACCCUCGAGGCGCACAUUAAACAACAGGAACGCGCCAACAACAAGUUCGAGAAACGCUUUCUCGUACAUGGCAUGAAAGCGAAUGGCGACGGCGAGCUGUAUACGAUUGUGCAAGGUGAAGACAAGUUAAAGGAAUGGCUGGGCAAAUUGCAAAACUCACAAUCGCAGCUGUAUUCCGUGGAGAUUGCUGGCGGCUCCAAGAGUGCUGCCCCCAUUUUCAAGCCUAUGCAGCAUGUCGAAGUAAAACUAGCCAAGUUGGAGGAGCGUGCAGGAGCAGCCGCAAGUAAGCCAGUGACCAACGGUACUGACCACAAGCCCUUGAACGGUAAUGGAGUGACCGCUAAGCCCGCUAGUGUCAAGGUGGAGCCAACAAAGACAACAAGCAGCAAAGUGGAGCCGACAAAGGCAACUGGCAGCAAGGUGGAGGCAGCAGCAAGCAAAGAGGAACAGAAGAAAUCGCCACCAAGCGCACAGAAAGGCAAAGGCAAAGCAGCAGCAGCUCCAUCGAAAAAGGGCAGCAUUAACAGUUUCUUUAGUGCAGCUCCUGCGGCCAAAACCGCGCAGCCGCCCAAGGAAACAAAAUCAGCGGCAGGCAGCAAAGCAGCCAGCGGCAGCAUGGACAACUUCUUCAAGAAGCAACCCACGUCCAGCGAAUCAAAGAAAUCGCCCACGGAAAGCGUGAAAAAAGAAUUAACGGAAACUAACACCUCCGUGCAGCUGUUUGAUGACGAGGAAGAAGCCUCCUCUGACGAGGAGGAGAAAUUGGAUAAGCUGCGACGCAAGGUAGUUGGCUCUGGCGAUGAGUCAGAUGACGACGACGCGGGCAGCAAGCCAAAAACUAGCAAACGUCGUCGCAUUUCGGACUCUGAGGACGAAGAGCAGCCGCAAAAGAAGUCAACAGAGUCACAGCCAAAGAAGGAGGCGGAGGUGGAGGUGGAGGAAGCGAUGGAUGUGGAUGCUGCUGCGGCCACAAACGAAACAUUUCUGGAUGAUGAUGGCUUUGUUAUAACUGUAAGGCCCAAGAAACAAGCGCAGGCGGCGACAGCGGCCAAGAAAAAGACUUCGCCGACAGCUGCUGCGGCUGCGUCUGCGCCUACUACAAAGAAAAAAUCGCCGCCAGCAUCAGCGAGUAAAGCUGGUAAAAUGGCAAAGGAGACGCCUAAAACAAAGCAAUCCAACAUCAGUAGCUUCUUUACCAAAAAGUGAUCGAGUCGGAUUUGUGGCUUUGUAUUAGUAUUACUAUUAUUUUCUCGCUUAGAAUAAGCCAAAUUUGGAAAUUGCAAAUACUUUUUAUAAUUAUUCAAAUUGUUGCUCGAUUACACUUCAUUUUCUUUGUCCCCAA